GUCGCCGUGCGCACCGGCCGCCCGCCCCACCUCCACCUCCAUCUUCCAUGGCAUCAUCCCCCCUAGGACCCCUUCCUCCCCUCACGCAACCACCUCCCGUCCCCGUCCAAGCUAGCGGCUAGCCUGCCCUUCGUGCUCCCCAAACCCUCUUCGCUCCCCGGCCCCGCCGCCGACGAGCGCCAUGUCCGCCCCUUCCACCUCAUUCCCUUCCACGGCCUCGUUGUUCCUCGCCAGCGGCAGGCUCCCGCGGUUCCAAUUCCAGUCCCUCCGCGCGCCCACCAAGCCCCCCUACCGCUUCCCCUCCCCUCCCUCUACGUGGCUCCGCGGCGGCUCGAGAACCCGCAUGCUCGCCCCCAUCUCCGCCUCCGCGCUGCCCCUGCAGGUGACGGCUGCUCCUCCGCCGGGAGUGGAUGACGCCGGACGGUUGGUGGCCGCGAGGCGGGUCGCAGUGGCGCUGGCGUGCGGCGCGCUGGCGGCGGCUUGGUGCCGCCGGGCGCUGGCCGUGGCUGCCUCCGCGGCGGGAGCGGGUCGGGGGGCGUCCGGGGCGGUGGAUGCAGCCGCUGGGAUGGGCUGGGCGGCGCUGCGAGGGAGCUGGCCCACGGUGCUGCAGAUUCUGCAGCUUCUCAGGGAGCAGGGUCUUGUUCUCGCCCUGUUGCUCGGCCUCUCUGCCUUCUUCUCUAUGGCCGAGACCUCCAUCACUACGCUCUGGCCCUGGAAGGUUCGUGAGCUGGCUGAAAAGGAACCUGAGAAUGGUGUUUUCAAAAUGCUCCGAAAUGAUGUCACUCGCUUCCUGACAACAAUACUCAUUGGCACAACUGUGGUCAACAUUGGUGCGACGGCCAUUGUUACUGAGGCGGCGACAGCAAUUUUUGGCGAAGCAGGUGUCAGUGCAGCAACAGGUGUCAUGACUGUUGCCGUUUUACUUCUUACAGAAAUCACUCCCAAAAGUGUUGCAGUUCAUAAUGCCACAGAGGUUGCUAGGUUUGUAGUCAGACCGGUUGCAUGGCUUUCGCUUAUCCUGUAUCCAGUUGGGCGGAUUGUUACUAUUAUAUCUAUGGGAAUUCUAAAGCUUCUAGGCCUGAAAGGAAGAAGUGAACCAUUUGUUACUGAAGAUGAAUUGAAGUUAAUGCUACGUGGAGCAGAGUUGAGUGGUGCAAUUGCCGAAGACGAACAGGAUAUGAUUGAGAAUGUACUGGAGAUUAAAGAUACACAUGUCAGGGAGGUAAUGACGCCUUUGGUGGAUGUAGUUGCAGUUGAUGCUACUGCAACACUGAUUGAUUUCAAAAACCUAUGGGAAACUCAUCAGUACUCUAGGGUUCCUGUAUUUGAGGAGCGUAUAGAUAAUAUUGUUGGAAUUGUAUAUGCGAUGGACAUGCUUGAAUAUGUUGAAGAGGUUGAGAAGUUGAAGGAAAUAACUGUGAAGGAAAUUGCACAUAUGCCAACAUACUUUGUCCCAGAUUCUAUGUCUGUUUGGAACCUGCUAAGAGAGUUCCGGAUCAGGCAGGUUCAUAUGGCAGUUGUCCUCAAUGAAUAUGGUGGAACUAUUGGUAUCGUGACAUUAGAAGAUGUGGUGGAAGAAAUCGUUGGUGAAAUCUUCGACGAGAAUGAUUCGAAGGAGGAAAUCCAGAAGAAAACAGGUAAUAUAGUAAUGCUGGAAGAUGGAACUUUUUAUGUUGAUGCAAACACAUCAAUAGAUGAUCUAUCUGAAGAGCUUGGUGUUAAAAUACCAGAGGGCCAUCAAUAUGAGACUGUGUCUGGUUUUGUUUGUGAAUCCUUCGGGUAUAUACCAGAAGAAGGUGGGAAAAUGCUUGUCAUACUUGAAAGGGACAAAAGAGAAGAAAAUGAUGAAUAUCAGGACGAAGGAUCUGAUCACCAAGAUGACCGAGAAAGAACUCAAGCUUAUGAACUCGAGAUACUCGAAGCUAAUGCAAGAAAGGUCAGCAAAGUCAGUUUCAAGCCAAUAAGCAGCGAAUGUGUAGACGUUGACAACAAGGGUGUGAACAAGCUGAUGUCAAAAAAGAUUAUCAAACGAAAGAAAAAGGACUCUGGUGAUUCUUCCGAUAGUGAUGAUGACGACGUGUGUCCUGAUAUAACAGAAAAUGGUUGCCCUGCAGAGCUAGUUUCAUACUCGAAUGAUAAGAGUGCCGAACUGGAAGAUGCUGGCAGCUCUACCGCGACAAGGUGACAAAGAAAACAACCAGCACCAUUGUACUACAGGCAAUAAUUACAGCUCACCACCCUCCUGCCCCUUGUUACAAUUACAACCAAAGAAAAGAGAA